CCGCACCAGCAGUGCGGCCCACUGGCGGCGGUGGAGGAUAUGAAGAGCAAUCGUGGAAGAGGACUCAGUCCGACCUUGUCUGGCUCACAGUCCCGCGCCUGGUUGAGCGUAAAACGCUGCUAAAACAGUCUGCAGCGUUUUGAAGCCCCUUCCGGCGUGUAAGGGCCUACAACUUCAGCCUUCAUUCAAGUUUUUUUUUUUGGGUUCGCAGUACAUCCACGUCAGGGAUAGAGCAACACUACUCCAACCUCUUCCGCAUAUUGGAUCAAUGCAAAGAGAAGGUCGCCAGUGUCCCUUAAAGGAUUCGGGAAAUGAAGAUUGCCGCUGACACAGAAACAAAAUUCUCGGACUUUUCCAACCUUUUUAUCUAGUAUUGUCUUCAUCUCGCGAAGCAUUUGUGUGGGAUUACUUUUUCGAUUGGACUAAAAAUCGAGUUUUUGGAUCCGCCUGUGCUGUGCAUUGAACAGCGCACACAUUCGAUCAUAAUGCAUGAUAUUUAGGAUAAUCUCUCACUGUACAGAGGACCAAGUAAAGCCGGAAUGGCGAACGAGUGUAAUCGCAACAUUGUGGAAAAGUACAUCUGUCAUAAACUCUCCAAGCGGGGCUACGAGUGGGGAUUUGAGGAUGAGCAGGAUGAAGAUGCCGCUAAUAACGGGUCAUUAGUUGCCCCUCCGCCGACUUUGGUUCGCCGGUGCCGCGAAGCGAGCUCCGGGCCCGACCGUGAGAGCAUCCCCCACCUCUGCAAGCGGCCCCCCCAGUCCGACCCAGCCUACGCGGAUAUCCACAGAGUCCUGCGCGAGGCUGGGGAUGAACUUGAAAGACUUUACCAGCCGGACUUCACGGAGAUGUCACGGCAGCUGUAUCUCACCUCUACCACGGCGCAGAGGAGGUUCGCCGAGGUGAUAGACGAACUGUUUCGGGACGGGGUGAACUGGGGCCGGAUUAUCGCCUUUUUCGAGUUCGGGGGCACCGUGUGCGUGGAGUGCAUGUCCAAACAGGAGAUGACAUCGCAGGUGGACAACAUCGCGGAGUGGAUGACAGAGUAUUUGAAUGGACCUCUGAACAGCUGGAUACAAGAUAACGGUGGAUGGGAUGCCUUUGUGGAGCUGUACGACAGACAGAGAGACUCGGCCUUCUGCUCCUCCUGGCCCUCCAUUAAGACAGUCUUCGGCCUGGCAGCACUCGGGGCGGCUAGCCUCACCAUUGGAGCAUACCUUACACAGAAAUGAACAAACCUUUUGUUUCUACCAGCAAGACUUGAUUCCUCCUCCUCCUCCUCCUUCUCUGGCCCCCUGUUUCUCCUUUUUAAGAUGCCCCUGACCCCUCAGAGACAACCUUCAGACGCUUCCGAAAUCUGGCUCUCUUCAAAGCCUCUCUCUCAGAAAAUCCCCCUCUUUAUCGCCCCUCCACGUCAAAACAGACAUAAAUCAAAAACAACUGGAGCAGGCAGAUGCAUGGCCCGAACUGCGGAAAGGACGUCCUGAAAAAGAGGCAGCCUAGAUAUAAUCGCACUGAGCUGAGAAAGACUAAGAAGAAGGGAGGAUUACUUUUUGUUCUGCCUGCUUCUAUACUAGUUUUAGCAUGAAUGUUGAGUGUUAGCUUAGACUUUGCAUGUAUCAGAGCUCAUGCGGGACCUCUAUUUUGGAGGCCUUGAUAAUCGGUAGAAUUAGGGACAAUGACAGCCUGGCCCCUGCUUGUUAAGGUGAGGAACCCAGUUUGAACCAUCCCCCCGCAGCCGUCCUUCAAAGGACUUCCUCCACAGAACAGCUGCUCAGAAUGUAUAAUAGAAAUAGCUCGCUACAACCAGCAAGUUGUGUGUCUACUGCUGCAGACAUCUCCAGUGAACUCUGAACACACUGCACCAAUAUAUGCACCCUGACGGACUUCAAUAAGUAGAGGAAGAGCAAGUGGAAGACUGAGGUUUUGCAGAACGCUCCUUGACUUUUAUUUUGCCUUUGUUUUUUAACUUUUGCAGAAAAACCCCCUAUUGUGAGGUUGUCAGUACUGGGAGAGAGAGAGAGAGAGAGAGAGAGAGAGGAACAAUUUCCCAGGAGUGAUAGAGACGAAGACGACUCGCUGUGAAAAAAAAAAAGACAAGUUAUUGCAAAAGAAUGUUGUGCACAGCACAAAGAAGAAAGGUAGAAUUAGAAUAAAGGGUGCAUCUGCAUCCUAAGGAGGAUUUAGAUUCCUGCAACAGAUCUAAAGUUUGCAUUCCUUGAGAUGAAGCAACUAGAACGACAAAAAUCUCCCUUUAAAAGCAACAUUAUGUUUCACAUAUUAGCACCAAGCAACUCUAAAAACUGUUUCUAUUUUCUACCUUUUGUCGCAGCUUUAUAAAAUCUUAACUUGGUCCAUUCAUAGUCAGAUUGUUUGGGCUCACUGAGGGUUGUUAAAAUGUUUCCCCCAGGCCUCACGGCGACUCUGUAAUGCUAGAAUCCACUCUGACAAGGACGCGUGUUGACGUGGACUGAGAAGACCUUGCCUGUCCACAGAUGACUGAGAGGAAUACCACGACAGCAGGGUUUCAUUUUUAGGACUAAAGCCAGAGUGUCCCACGUGCUGGAACCUGAGAUGUCCCUCCUCUCAGUUCUGCAGAUGCAUCUGGUCAUUGAAUUGCUCCUGUCAGCCUGUUUCAUCGAUGUUUGUCUUGUGUUACAGUCAGAUAGAAAUUUUGGUAAAGCUCACAGGCUCCAAGAUAUUAUGUUGUACUUAGCAAGUUGGAAAAGUGGUUUCCUUUCUGUCUAUCAUUAAAAAUCUUCAACUUCUCUGUUGCAUGUAUGAAAGAUAUUGUCCUCACAUAGAUGUCCACUAUGUGUAAACAUAUUUAUAACAGAUAGGCUAGAAGAUAACAAAUAACAGUGAAAACAUUGCAUUUUCUAUUUAUUGAGAGGUACCAGAUAACAGAUUUUUUUCUUUGAUAAAAAAAAAAAAUCAAUUUUCCUCACUUUUUUCCCUCUUCUCUACGGAAUCACACUGUAACUACAUUUUCUUCCUGGCUGCUAUAAUAACAAGAAAAAUGUUUAAAAAGUGAAUUCAUGUGUCGUAUUUAUAUUGGCUUAAGGCUGCUAUACUGUCGAUUUUUAACUUUUACUUACAGCUUAAACUGCCACAGAUUUACAGUAUAGUUCUAGAGAGCUGGAAACCAAAGUUAACUUGUAUUAAUCUUUACUUUAAAAAGAAAAAAAGGAAAAAGUAGCUUUACAAGAAUUCAUGUCGCUUCACCUCACUGAGUCUAUUCAGUGAAGGUUUUUCUAGUGUUAUUGUAUUAUAUCAGCUUAACUUCUGUCAACGUCGUGCUCCAAUGAUAACUCAGUGCUUAUCUGUAAAAUGUCAACCUGCCAGACUUAAACCUUUUCUCAGUUAUCACCAUAAACCAACCUAUUGUCAUGGAAACAGCCCACAGGGUGUGCUGUUCUUCGUGCAGAUGCUCUAAGCGGACCUGCAUCCACACAUUGUAUUUUCUCAGUUUUCCUUAUGUAACAAGUUAUUCUGCUUGUUUGCUUGAGAUUUGAGACCCAAUUAUCUCGUAUCCCUAGAGUUGCAAAAGCACAAAACAAAUAUAGUAAUAAACUUAACUUUCAUCACUGGGGUACUGGUGGCCUAGCGGUUAGGCAAUAGCCCUCCAAGCGGACGGCCUGGGUUUAAGUCUGACCUGUGGCUCCUUCUCCAGCAUGUCAAUCCCCACUUUCUCUCCUGAUAUUCUACUCUGUCCACUGUCCUAUCUCAAAAAAAGUCAAAAGGCCCCAAAAUAAACCUUGAAAAACGUUCCUUUUUAUUGUGGUCAAUUGGCAGCAUGGCAUGUCCUGGUCUGUCCUAUCACAGUGAUCAGCCUAGUUGUGCCACCUAGAUCACCUGAAAUGUUUCCUGUCUUCAAAAAAAAAAUAGGCUUUGUUAUCAUGCGACAAGAGUAUAAAUUAAUCAGCUAAAACGGGGAAACUGGCUUUGUUAUCGUGUGAUAAGAGUAUAAAUUAAUCAGCUAAAAUAGGAAAACUAAAAAAAAACAAUUAGUCAAGAUCUCAAGUGAUAAAAUUAACUUAUCACAGGAAAACAAGCCGUGUUAUUUUGCGAUAACAAGAAAAAUCAAUCAAGAUUAUGAGAAAACAACUGGAAACUACUCUUGAGCAGGAAAAAAUAAAGAACUUCAAAUGUAGGGAUGCAUGUCUGUCAAUGACUUCAUUAUCUUAGUGAUGUGUGUUUGACAAGGAAGGAUUGGCAGGAACAAUCUAACAGCAAUAUACUGUAAUUUUAUAUUCUCUGUGCAUAUGAAUGUAGACACUAUGGUUGCUGUACUAUUUUAUGUCCAUUACCACAAUCCUGUAGCACUUAAAAAAGUGAAUUGUGUUUCUGUUGUUUACUGCUAUAUCCACAAUAAGCUAGCGGGAUCAUAUUGUUCCUAAUAAACCAGAUUUCUCAAGCA